GAUUGGUAGAAAUCUUCUUAUAGCGUGCUUUUGGUAGGUUUUGUUUGUUUGAGUGUAUGAGGUCCGUUCAACAGUGCCCAUUAUUAGUAUCCAUUGGAUUCCUGUGUGGAUACUAAAGGUCUCUCGAUCUCCAGCUGAGCUACGGUCUGAAACACGUCGCGAAUAUUUUAAAAAUGUCUAUGAAAGCUGUARUUCUUCACGAGUAUGGUGAUUCUACGAAAUUAUGCUACGAAGAUGUAGCCAUCCCAUCUCUCGAAGUUGGCGAGGUCUUAGUAAAAAACCAUUGCAGUGGGGUGAAUUUUCUUGACAUAUACAUGAGGCGAGGGGAAAGAUGUGCAUUUGUCAUYGGUACCUGUAGCACAGAGGCUAAAGCUGACAUUGCCAGAUCUGCUGGUGCYGAUGAGGUUAUCCUAUACACACAGAAAGACUUUGUUGAGGAGACGUUGAAGUUAACUGGUCAAAAAGGUGUCAGCAUCAUUUAUGACAGUGUAGGAAAAGAUACUCUUCAUAGGGGUUUAAAUUGUCUGGCACCAAAAGGUACUUUGGUUAGUUAUGGAGCAGCAUCAGGCAUUCCAGACCCAAUACCUGCCAGCACACUAAAAAAGAAUUCCCAUUCCCUUYUGACGCCUGGCCUAUUCAAUUACAUUAAGACAAAAGAAGAUCUUCAUAAGCGCAGUUCAGAUGUAUUUCAAUGGGUAAUGGAAGGUUCUCUCAAGCUCAGUGAGCCGAUGAUAAUACCUCUAUCAGAUGCCAAACGUGCUCACGAUAUUUUGGAGAACCGAGGCACUAAGGGAAAAAUAUUACUUAGAACUAAUUAAAAUCGCUGAGAUAGGCAAUGGUCAGUGAUGCAAUUUCAUGGAGCAAAGCAUGAUGGGAAUUGUAUUCCUCACACUUUUUAUAGCCUCUAAAAAUCACCCUUUAAGCCGUUUUUAUGUUUUUUCUGUAUGACACAAGAAAGAGAAUGGCUUAGUGGGACUAUAUUUUAGGGGAUCUGAAAAAGUGCAACGAUUACAACUCCAUCAUGAUUUGUUACACAAAAUUACAUCACUGCAAAUAUUUGCAUAUUUUGUCUAGUUUUUUCAUUUACCAAUGAAUAUUAAAUACUGAGAGAUCUACUAUCACGCUUCCCAAAACUAUUCUCACUAUAUUGUAGAUCAUAAUUUAGACAUGUACAAAAAGUAAGAGAAUGCCAUAAGGAUAACUUGUAGCAGUUAAUCAGAUAAAUAUUAGUUGUUUGAAUGAUCGCAGGAUCACGAAUGUUUUUGUAAAGCAAUUAUUUUAUAAUAAAGGAAAGUCAUAUGAUAAGCGUA